AUGGGGACGCAGGGGGCCGGGAGAAAGCGGCUGCCGAACCGGGAGCGCCUGACGGCGGAGGACGAUGCGCUCAACCAGAUCGCCCGUGAGGCUGAAGCAAGACUUGCAGCAAAGCGAGCGGCGCGGGCAGAGGCACGGGAGAUCCGGAUGAAGGAACUGGAGAGGCAGCAGAAAGAGAUCUAUCAAGUUCAGAAGAAAUAUUAUGGUCUGGAUACUAAAUGGGGAGACAUCGAGCAAUGGAUGGAAGACAGUGAGCGUUAUUCCCGUAGAGCCCGAAGAAAUGCCUCGGCUUCGGAUGAAGAUGAGCGCAUGUCAGUGGGUAGCCGUGGAAGCCUGAGGUCUCAUUUGGAAUAUGCCAGCACCUACCCAGUGGCUGGAUUAGAGAAUGAGAGGACCAAAAAGAAGAAUUACUCCAAAGCAACCAAUGGUUAUGAGGAAGACGUGUAUGGAUCAUCCCAGAGUAGAAAAUCUAGCAGGCCCUCCUUGCUGUACAGCGAUGCCCUGCCAGCCAGAAGUUACAGGGCGUCUGUGUAUGACGAGAGCGUUUACAGUGGGAGUCGUCGGUAUAGUGCCUCUAGUUCUCGUGCUCCUUCCGAGUACAGCUGCUACCUUGGUUCAGGAUCUCGGGCAUCCUCAAGAGCCAGCUCUGCUCGGGCCAGUCCAGUGAUCGAGGAAAGGCCAGAAAAAGACUUUGAGAAGGGAGCACGUACUGUCUCAAGUUUAUCAGCAGCUACCUUAGCUUCUCUGGGUGGGACUUCUUCACGAAGAGGCAGUGGGGAUACAUCCAUCUCAGCCGAUACAGAGGCAUCUAUCAGAGAAAUAAAGGAUAUCUAUGAGUUAAAGGACCAGAUUCAGGAUGUAGAAGGCAAAUACAUGCAGGGACUGAAAGAAAUGAAGGACUCUCUAGCCGAAGUUGAAGAGAAAUAUAAAAAGGCUAUGGUGUCAAAUGCUCAACUAGACAAUGAAAAAACAAAUUUCAUGUACCAAGUAGAUACCCUGAAGGAUGCGCUCUUAGAGUUAGAAGAACAGCUGGCAGAAUCCAGGCGGCAAUAUGAAGAAAAAAGUAAAGAAUUUGAGAGGGAGAAGCAUGCUCAUAGCAUAUUGCAGUUUCAGUUCAUGGAAAUCAAAGAGGCUUUGAAGCAAAGAGAAGAAAUGCUUGCAGAAAUCCAACAGCUGCAACAGAAACAGCAGAGCUAUGUCAGGGAAAUUUCUGAUCUUCAGGAGACAAUAGAGUGGAAAGACAAAAAAAUAGGGGCGUUAGAGAGGCAGAAAGAUUUCUUUGAUUCCAUAAGAAGUGAGCGGGAUGACCUUAGAGAUGAAGUGGUUGUGCUGAAGGAGCAACUGAAGAAACAUGGAAUAAUCCCAGACACUGACGUAGCCACCAACGGGGAGACGUCAGACAUUCUUGAUAACGAAGGACACUUGGAUUCUUCCAAAACUGUUCCAGGCACAACUCAGGCAUUAAAGACAGGAGGGGAUGGGAUGCUAGACAGGCUGAAAAAACUCAUUGAUGAACGAGAAUCCUUACUAGACCAGGUUAAAAAAUUAAAGGGACAACUGGAAGAAAAGCAAAAGAAUAGCAAGAUGGAAAAUACACAGUCAGAAGAUGAAGUUCUGGAAAAUGGGACAGAUAUGCACAUGAUUGACCUCCAAAGAGAUGCCAACAGACAGAUCAGUGAUCUCAAAUUUAAACUAGCAAAGUCUGAGCAAGAGAUAACAGCAUUGGAGCAGAAUGUAAUACGAUUGGAAGGUCAGGUAGCCCGAUACAAAACUGCUGCUGAAAAUGCUGAAAGAGUAGAAGAUGAACUGAAAGCAGAGAAACGCAAACUACAGAGAGAGCUUCGUUCAGCAUUGGAUAAAACCGAAGAGCUUGAAGUCAGCAAUGGUCAUCUAGUAAAACGCUUGGAGAAGAUGAAAGCCAACCGGAGCGCUUUACUGUCUCAGCAAUAACCACCACCUUUUGAUGGAAACUACUACUACUUGACAGAAUCAGAACAACGUUGCAGAUGCUUCUGUCUCUUGCUGUCCGGGAUGCUUUGUGUCAUGCCUUCUGAGAACAGACAACCCCAACAUUUGCUACGUGCCACCCAGCUGUGGUUCUCUCUACGCGGAUUCAAACCUACUGCACUAUAUACAUAGGAGUAGCUGAUCCAAAUGGCUGUGCCUGCGGGAGCCCUUCUACACCGUUCUUUAGGUACAUUUGAAGUACAAUAUCCGUCUACCGUAUAAGAAGCACAUUGGGCAUCGCGUUAAGUUCUCCAUCCAGAAGGCACAGCAGCCACUUACUGCCGUUUAAAAUGGCAUUCAAAGGAAACACUUUAACUGGACUGGAAUUUUGUGUCUUGCUGGAAAUUUGAAGAAAAAAAAAAACCAAACAAAAAAACACUGUAAGUUUUGGACUUUCUCAUGACAGUAUCUGUAAUUUAGUGACUACAGUAGAGUUAUUCAUAGUAGGUUUUUCAUUUACAAAUCACUGUGGAACCACAAGCCAUUACAAAGCAAAACUCCUUCAGUGGAAACCAUGGAAGAAGAUGGUCUUGGAAGCAAAAGUGACCUUAAAUGACUUUGCCAAUAAAACAAAGGUGUUUGGAGGGAUUUUUGCACCAGUGGAAUCAUAAGACUAUUUUAUUUCAGGGUAAAUAGGCAAUAGCUUCAUUGAAUUUUCAACUUUUAUUUGUAUUAUUUAAUCCCUGCUCUUGGAGUUGAAGUAAACUACUUUUAAAGGAUGUAAAGUUGCAUUAAUAAACCAGCAUAAGGCCGUGUUUUAAGAAAUGGUGGGUUUUGCACUUAGGUCACUCACUUUGGUGCAUUUGUCAAAGCAAGUGUCAUUUGCUUAAACAAAAUAUGUAAUAGGUUUUUUACAUCAGAAACUAUCUACUGGUCCAUGAACUACUAGGAAACUAUGCCGCUACAAAAUACAAGUCUAAUUUUUAAAAAAGUAACUGAUAAGUAAAGAAGCACUUUAGAAAAUAUUACUGCCUAUGGUUUUUCUACAAAUACAGAAGUAGCGAUUUCCUUCUAAGGUCAUUAUAAAGGUUUUCCACUUUCCGUGAAAAAUAACGUAACCAAUUAAGAUGUUGCAGGCAAUUUAUUAUACACAGCUAGCACCACUACAGCUCUGGUUUAUUGGAAAUUAUUCUGAAUGUACUACUCAAAGGAGAACAGCAGUCACCUGAAGAAUAAAGCUGUCCUUCCCCCUUCAGCCCUAACAGAAAAGCUUGCGAGUAAGGGAGGCGACCAGUCCCUUAGGAAUCUGCUCACGCUAUGAAGCAGCAUCUCCUGUUUGACAGGAGCAACCUUCUGUCGAUGCUGACUGCCUCAAUAGAUACAGUUCUAUCAAGCCAAAUCCAGACCCGGGAGACCAUUUUUUCUUAACUUGGUCUUUAGACUUUCCGGUCCAGAUCUUUCCCUAGCCUCUUCCUCGCAGACUGGAGGUCAGAGUAUAAACCGCUGCUAUUUUCAACGUAAGGGGAUCGCUGGUAUCUUCUUAGAGCACCUUCACAAAUUAAAUGAACAAAAAGCAGUGUCUGAAUGAGUUUCUCUGGUUUGGCUAGAAAAUAACACCUUUCUCUUCAUCUCUUCUGAGUGCACCCGAAAUUUAGGAAUGAAGUACUGAAAUUAAUAGUCCAGGAAAAGGAUGAAGAAGGCUUUCUUUGUGCCCCUGGGGAAAUAAGUAUGUCCUUGUUGACCGAAUGUGGUGGAACAUGGGGAUGAAAGGAAUCUUUUAAAUGAAAUUUCCACUCCAGCUAGGGCUUUGGGUUCUUUUUCUUGGUUUUUGAGAGGAACAUUCAGGUGCAGAGCCGGGUUUCUUGUGGAAUACCUCAAAAUCGCUGUGGAUACCAAUGUACAAUUUUCUGUGGUUGACUUGUGUAAUUUCUGGUGUACAAAGCCUCUGGGGCCUAAAAAAUGAACUAAGGGUUUUUCAGAAUGCGAACAAACGCGCUAAAUACAACAUCUUACUAAGUGAUGAUAAGGUGUGUGAUUGCCACUAGUCAUCUUUUUAUUUGUAGUAGCGGUGAAAACUGUCUCUCCCGGCAAGAUUCAGGAGAAACAACCUAGCAACUAAGCAUUGGUCCAAAAGGCUAAAAAUAAUACUUUGCUCGUCAAGAAGCAACGUGUUUAUCAUUUCAAAGUAGAUCGCAUCUCGCACCCCAUAAGCAUUAACCUCAUGACAGAAAUCAGAUGUGUAUUUCAACCUGGAUAUGCUCUUAGUAGAAAUCUUCGUGUGUGAUAAAGUAGCUGAAUGUUGAAGCCACAU